AUGUCAGUCAUUUACAAAAAUGAAUUCACCAAUGAAUAUUGUGUAUUUUUGAAAGGUGCAACUGAAUCUGUAUUAAAACAAUGUACAAAGUUUCAAGUUGGUGAUGUUAUUGUCAAGAAAGGAAUUAUUAAUGAUGAAAAAUUUAAACUGGAAAUCAAUAAUGGUCAUGAAAGUUUGGCUGGUAGAGGAUUGCAUGUAAUAUCAUUGGCAUAUCGAAAAAUAAAUAAUCAAUAUAAAACAGAUAAAGAAAUUUCAAAAAUGACACGUGAGGAAACAGAUAAUGAUAUGAUAUUUUUGGGAAUUGUUGGCAUUUAUAAUCCACCAAGACCUGAAUCAAAAACAGCUGUUAUGAAAUGUUUUGGUUCUGGAAUUGAAGUUCACAUGUUAACAGGCGACCAUCCUUUGACUGCGGCAACAAUUGCUAAAAAGAUAGGAAUACUUCCUUCGACUUAUUUAACAGACAAUAAUAAUUUUAGAUCACAAUCACAACUUGUUAUGACAGCAACACAAUUUGAUGCUCUUACCGAUGAACAGAUUGAUGAACUUAAAGAAUUGCCAAGAGUUAUUGCUCGCUGUAGUACUGAAACUAAAGUGAAAAUGAUUGGGGCAUUACACAGAAGAAAUAAAUUCGUGGCGAUGACUGGUAACAACGUCAAUGACUCGCCAAGUCUUAAAAAAGCAGAUAUUGGUAUCGCAAUGGGAAUGGGCGGAAAUGACAUGACAAAACAAGCAAGUGACAUAGUAUUAACUGACGGCAAUUUCGCAACUGUAGUUAAUGCAAUAUCAGAAGGUCGUAGAAUAUUUGGAAAUAUGCAAAAUUCCAUUUCAUACCUAUUAAGUGUAAAUGUAUCGGAAAUCAUUGUAUUAAUGAUUGGAUUGGCAUUUAUUGAUACUGAUAGAUUACCCAUAAAUCCAUUGUCACUAUUGCAAAUACUUUUUUUAAAUAUGGUUACUAGCACACCACUUGCAAUCGCAUUAGGAGCUGAACGAGAAUCAAAAGAUAUAAUGAAAUAUCUUCCGUGUAGAUAUCGUCGAAUAUUUUCAUGGGAAGUUAUUGCUGAUACAAUAUUUUAUGGGUGUGUUGCUGGUGGAUUGACGUUAACAAAUUUUGUUUUAGUGAUUUAUGUAACGGGUGAUAGAAAUUUAGGCAGUGGAUGUAAUUAUAAUUUGAAUCCUUAUACGGCUACAGAAGAGGGAGGAGGAGGAUCAUGUGAACAAGUCUUCCGAGGGAGAGGUGUAGCAUUUGCAACUUUAACUUUUCUAUUAUUUAUACGUGCUUAUAACUGUCGUUCGUUGAAAGAUUUAUUUCGGCCAACGAGGUUAUACUCGGAUAAUAAAUUUUUAUUUUGGACAGUGGUUGGUGAUGCACUUGUUUCGAUUCUAGCUUUAUAUAUACCUGGGUUGAAUACUCAAGUAUUCCAUCAAUUAGGAUUUAGUUGGGAAUGGGGAUUAGUAUUAGGAGCAAUAGUAAUAUUCGAAAUAUUCGUUGAAGUAUACAAAUUUAUCAAAAGGCAUUAUUGUUCGUCCUUAAUAUUUGUUGGUGAGGAUGGAGGAAGAGAAUGUGAUGAUGAUACUGCGACUAUUGUCACCGUAGUAUAA